AUGUCGCCGAUGUCGUAUCCGGAGAAAGUCCUUCGAAUUGGGGAGCUUGCUGUUCAGUUGCAGCUCAACGACACCAAUAGAGUCGUCCGUCAGGCGUUGCAUGGAGGCCCACAGGCCGUGACUACUGAUCCACGCGUCGCACACCUCCAGCAACGCGCCGCUAUCGUGAUUGAGCAAUCCAUUCAGCGAUAUGACGCGAUUCGGCAGCAACGCCAAACCGAGCAAGGUAUCGAUAGCGAUGUUGCUGAAGCCGGCAACGUUGGCGACGAGGAUGAUGAGGGCACCGAUAGAUACGAACAUCAAGCUUCACCACUUGACGUAGAGCAGCAGCUGUUCGCGAACGUCUUUGCUUCGAACCGCGCCACGCGUCUUGAGAUCAAGAAGAGUCGACUCGACCGCACCAAGGAUUGGGUUGCCGGACUAGAUGUUGAUGGACCGACUAUCGAACGUGGUGUGAAGUUGGAGAGAAACAACACAGCUCAGGAGGUCAUUGGCAUCCGGGGCAGAAGCGAAGGCGAUGAAGAGUAUGGAGCCGAUAUGCACGGAAGAAGUGGCAAGAGACGGGCAACCAGUCAAUCGAUCGAAGACAACGACCGUACAACACCUGCAGCUGCACGUAGCAACAAGCGCAUCAACGCUGCUUCACCGACUCGUGCAGCUACUAGCAGCUACUUUCAACAACCAAUGGCCUCGAGCAAAGCAAAACCCUCUUCCAAACCAUCCACUGCAAUGGUAGCAGCCGCCUCAUCCACUGCUGAUCUCGAAGCGGCUACCCAUCGCCCUCUCAACGACUAUGAACUGCGAUUUGCUCGCGAAGAUGCGGGUCUCAACGAAAAUGAGGUUGUCUUGCUUCAAAUCGGCUGGGACCGCCUGAGCGAACUGAAGCCUUCUCCAGGAUCCAUGUUCGUAGAGGACUUCCCUCCCUGGUUCGACGUUCCUUUCAAGUUCGGCCAGUGCGUGCGCCAGAAGACCUAUGGGUCCAAGCCGCGGAAGAACGAGAUUCUCGAGAAGUCACUUACCCUGAACCAUCUCCUCACGGAGCGAAUUCAGGUCGGGGUGGAUUGGGAGGCGUACUUCAAGGAGAGAGACGAGGCGAACCGACGCUGA